AUGAAGCUUUCCAACGCGGUCCGACUCUCUUUGGCGUUGGCCUUCCUUGAAGGGGCGCGCUCGCAAGUGUCAGAAUGGGGUCAAUGUGGAGGCAUAGGCUAUGCUGGCUCCACAACCUGUGUUUCUGGCACCGUCUGUGUUGAGCAAAACGACUAUUACUCUCAAUGCUUGCCCGGAACAGCCUCCUCGACCUCCGCGAGCGUGACGAGCAGCACUACUGUUAAACCGACGACGACGACCAGCAGUGCAACUUCGACUGCCUCUGCUCCUGCAUCAACUGGUUUUGUCAAAACCUCAGGACAGAUGUUCACGCUAAAUGGAUCUCCAUUCACCGUGGUCGGUGAGAACUCCUACUGGGUUGGUCUCAUGGGGUACAGCACGAGCGACAUGAACAAGGCAUUCUCCGACAUAGCUGGAACCGGCGCUACUGUCGUACGCACAUGGGGUUUCAACGAAGUGACGUCGCCGAAUGGCAUCUACUACCAAAGCUGGUCUGGGAGCACUCCCACUAUCAAUACCGGAGCAACUGGUCUCCAGAACUUCGACAACGCUGUUGCUGCUGCGAAAGCGAAUGGCAUUCGUCUCAUUGUCGCACUGACCAACAAUUGGAGCGACUACGGUGGAAUGGACGUUUACACUCAUCAGAUCCUUGGGUCCAGUGCGCCGCACGAUGACUUCUACACGAACGACCAGGUCAUCGCCGCCUAUAAAAACUACAUCAAGACCUUCGUGGGCCGUUACGUCAAUGAGCCAACCAUCAUGGCAUGGGAGCUGGCCAACGAGCCAAGGUGCAGCGGUAGCAGCGGUACUACAUCUGGUACAUGCACGACGACAACUAUCACCAAUUGGGCCUCUUCCAUCUCUGCCUACAUCAAGUCCCUCGACUCCAACCACUUGGUGGCCAUUGGAGAUGAAGGGUUCUUUGCUAACACUACCCUGAGCGACACAUACCCUUACCAGGGUACCGAGGGUAUUGACUUCCAGAAGAAUAUUCAGAUCAGCACGCUCGACUUCGGCACUGCCCACAUGUACCCCGAAUCUUGGGGGCAAUCCGCCAACGAGACCCUGUGGGGCGUUCAGUGGAUCCAAGACCACGCCAACGUGCAAAAGAGCGCCAACAAGCCCGUGAUCCUUGAGGAAUUCGGCGCCACCACCAACCAGGUGCAAAUCUAUACCCAAUGGUUCAACGCGAUCGAUAGCUCUGGCCUUACCGGCGACCUAAUCUGGCAAGCUGGGUCGACCCUCACCAAUGGCCAAACACCCAACGAUGGCUACGCCGUGUACCCCGGUACAGACGUCUAUAACCUCGUGACGUCCUCCGCGGCUGCUCUCAAGGCUCGCGGAUAA